AUGGCACCAAGCUUAACACCAGUACUGCUAUUCAGCCUUCUUUUUCUUGUUACCUCUGCUCAAAACUGUUCAAACUACACUUUCACAGCCAAUAGAACAUUCACCUCUUGCAAAAAACUUCCAUAUUUAGAAGCCUACUUGCACUGGAACUACAAUUUCUCCAGCACAAAAGUUUCAAUUGCAUAUAGAGCUAAACAAGAUUCUACGGGUUGGGUAGCGUGGGCUACCAACCCUACUGGACAAGGCAUGAUUGGAUCACAAGCAUUAGUUGCUUUCCAUAACUCAAAUGGCAGCACAAUAGCUCAUACAACACAAAUAACAAGUUAUAGUCCAUCAAUGCUGAAAGCAAAUCUUAGCUUUCAAGUUUCACAUCUAUCUGCAGAAUACUCGAGCAGUGAGAUGAUUAUCUUUGCGACUAUAGGGCCACUGGAUAAUGGAACUACAGUAAAUCAUGUGUGGCAAGCUGGAAGCUCAGUCUCAAGUAACAUCCCUCAGAUGCACUCAUUAUCAUCCCCACACCUUCACUCAUUUGGCAAAAUAGAUUUUCAGACAACUGCCUGA